AAGUAUAAAAGGAUCACCCGUCUAGCCUAGGCCAUAAGCAACGACUCAGUGGCAGAAAGCCGUUAUUUCUGACGAAGGAAACCAAAAAUUUUUAAGACAGACAACAUGCUGACCAGCGCCGCCAUUUUUGGCCUUCUCAUGUUUGUUAACAUGGGACUGCUGAUGGCUUUCCCCACGUACAGGGACACGCAGACAAGCGAUGACCUGGAUACCUUAAAGGAUCUUAUUGAGCAGCUUGAAGCGAUUACAGAAAUGAAGGAAGUCGCACGGUUCAGGACAGCUGUUUCCGAGAAUGUAAAUUCUGAAGACACCGAUGACAAACCUCAACUGGGAAUAAACCAGUACAGCGUGGAGAGAUUUCUCUCACCUCAAGACCUGAAGGCUGUUCGUAACGACUCCAGUGCUAAGAAGACAUCAGGCUGUUUCGGGAGGAGAAUGGACAGGAUUGGUUCCAUGAGCACCUUGGGAUGUAAUGUGAUGAACCGGAAAAAUUCAUAGAAGAGAUGGAGUUUUAGACGGCUGGGAGAGCUAUACCCGCUGAAUUCUAGACUUAAUAUUUAUUUGUUGAAAUAUUUAUUUAAGGGUAUUUAUUGAACUUGUGUGAAAUAUGCUGUGUCAAAUAAUACCAUGAUGUAACUGAAGUGCUCAAUAAACAUUCACUUUUGUGAA